UUAUGAGUUAUGUCGUCCAUUCGAUUUCUAGUCCUUUGAACCUGAUGAGUUGUGUUUGAUUUUGGUUUCUCAUUUAUCUUUUAGUUUUUCAUCCUUAAACCGACGUUGAAAUGACUCGUAAGCGCCGUAAUGGAGGAAGAUCAAAACAUGGCCGUGGUCACGUCAAGCCUGUGCGUUGUACCAAUUGCGCACGGUGUGUGCCCAAAGACAAGGCUAUCAAGAAAUUUGUUAUUCGUAAUAUUGUCGAAGCCGCCGCUGUUCGUGAUAUAACUGAUGCUAGUGUAUAUACAUCAUACCAAUUGCCGAAAUUAUAUGCUAAAUUGCACUACUGUGUUUCUUGCGCCAUCCAUUCCAAAGUGGUCAGGAACAGAUCAAAGGCCGACCGUCGUAUCAGAACACCACCAAGCCGUAACUUCCCACGUGGGGAUAAUAAUCGCCAAGGAGGACAACCUCAAAGGAAAACGUAAUUCCCAUUGUAUUAUGGGGAUACAAAAUUAUAUUAUACCUUCAUUUAAGAUAUAAAAAUACAUUUUGAUUCUGACGAAAAUAAAA